GUCUGGUAGAUUGAAGCCUGCACUUCCUGUUUCUAUCCUUAGAUCAAAGUGCACAAACAAUUAGCCGACAUUUAUAUAUUGCUAAAUUAGUAAUAUACCUUUUGCUGUACAGAUACUGAAAACAUUCCACACAGACACACACAACAGGAGAUAUAUUAGUCCAAAAUAGUAAAUGUGUCCUUUUUCUCAAAGCUGAUAUUUUGAAUUGGCCAUACUAAGUUUCAUUUAGUUAUUAGUGUAAGCAGUGUGUUCGUGUGAUCGAGGACAGAGUGAACCAUUGAACCAAACAUGGUGGGACUACUUUUUGUUCUUCUGUUUGCGGCGGUCUACAACACCUAUGCACAAAUAGCUCCGAUGGCCCAAAUGGCCCAAAUGUCUGUUGGAUUCUCUGCAAUAUAUAACAGUCCGAGGCUACUGGAGCCAGGGGAAACAUUAAUCUAUAAUAAGGUCAUCACCAAUGUAGGCGGAGCUUACAACCCAUCGACUGGUAUCAUGACCUGUCCACUUUCAGGUCUUUACGUCAUCAACGUGGGCGGUCUCUCAACACCAGGAAACCUAAUGACUUUGAAUCUGUAUCACAAUGGAAAAUACCUCAUUACAGUACACGCCUACGAUGAGAGUGCGCAUUCCUCGGGAAGCAGAACUGUUGUCAUCGAGUGUCUCCGUGGCGAGACAGUCUACGUUGUGGUCACCCACCCGGUGCACAUGUACUCAGGAGAGACCAACAACUACGAGCACAACAUCUUCAGCGGCUUCAUGAUCAGCAGCACCAUGGAAAAUAUGGUCGCCCCCAUGCAGUGAGCGCGCACCCAGAGGGGCCUUCUGAAAGGGGUGAAACUGUGAAUAAAACUGUAAACACAGAAACUAAACUAGUUAUGUCCCAUUUUAAUGAAAGAAAAUAAAAUGAUGUUAAUGUCCUGUC